AUGAUGAGGAAAGAAGCUGCUGAGCAACAGAUGCAAAUACUCUGCUCACUGUCCUUGUCGUUCACUGUCGCAGCCCUUGCGCCCAGCACAAUGGAGACCGCUCCCCCACAAUCAGCUGCGCCUAUGCAAGGAGUGUUAGCAAGUGCACUCCCAGUCGCAGCUCCUGCUCAACCAGCUCUUCCGAAUGCAAACCCAUGCGAGACGCUCUAUAUACAAAACUUGAACGAGAAGAUCAAACCUGACGUCAUGAAAACCUCUCUGCGAGGACUGUUCAAAGCGUACGGAGAGGUGCUGGACGUCGUUGCGCAUAGCAAUCUGCGGAUGCGGGGACAGGCUUUCGUUUCGUUUUCCAAUGCCGAGACUGCAGCGAAGGCGAUGAAGGACGUACAGAGGUUCCCUUUGUACUCGAAACCGAUGCAAAUAACAUUUGCACGGACGAGAUCUGACGCGGUAGUGAAGAAACUUGACGCGGAGCACUAUGAUCAACAUAAAGCUCGCAGAGAUGAACAUAAGAAAGCAACACGGUACACAAAUCCUUUGAAGGCUAAAUUUAGAGCCAAACGUUUGGCUGCGGAAAUUGACGGCGGUGCCGCAGCGCCAGCGCCUAAGCGGCCAAAUGUCCAAAUGCCCGACGAAUACCUGCCUCCAAACAAGAUUCUCUUCCUUCAAAACCUUCCAGAAAGUGUUACAAAAGAGCAACUCAUGGCAUUAUUCUCGCAAUACCCCAAUUUAUACGAAGUCCGUCUCAUCCCCACAAAGAAGGAUAUCGCAUUCGUGGAGUUCGUCGACGAGGGCAGUGCGAGUGUCGCGAAGGAUGCACUACACAAUUACAAGCUGGAUGGGGAGAACAAAAUCAAAAUCACGUUUGCGAGGAAGUAG